AUUCAUCAGUUCUGUGUGAUUAUGUUACAUAGACCAGACGGUUACUGGACGGUAUAAUGUUCACAGUAUUUCGCAUGGUACUAAUAUUAAUUCAUUUUUCAUGCGAUUUAUUUACCGCGUUUUGUAAUUGCUUUAUGAUCCUUCGUCGUAAGUGUACUGAGAUCUGGUACAGUGAGAAUUUGAGGACAGAGGUUGAAAUGUUAACACGUAUCUCGAAUAGGAUUAAAAAAUUGCCGAGACAUAUAGUGAUCAUUUUCGGCGCGAAGGAAGACACUGUUUUCGACUGCGUACGAAUUAUUGGAUGGUGUAUUACCCUUGGUAUACCUUACAUCAGUUUCUUUGACAUCAGUGGUUACCUAAUCCGAAACGAAAAUUUAUUGAAAUACGAACUUGCAAGAAGACGGCCUGAUUUAGUGGAGCACAUUAAUUGGAAUAAACCAAAUACAGGAUUUACAAAUGGAAUAACUGAUUCCAAGUUAAAAACGCGGAUAUCUUUGUUGUCUUCAGUAGAUGGAAAACAAGAGAUAGUAUUAUUAACAAAAACAUUAGCUGAUGCUGUCGUUACAGGAACAAUUAAACUAGAAGAAAUAAACAUCGAUUUGCUCGAUGAAAAAUUAAAUUCACGAGGAAUCCCAGAUCCUGAUUUGGGAUUAAUUUAUGGUCAUAUUUGUUCCACAUAUGGUGUUUUGCCAUGGCAAACACGAGUAACAGAAUUUUACACAUUACCUCUACAUGUUACUAUGUCUGUAAAGGAUUUUGCAUACUUGUUGGAAAAAUACAAUAAAUGCGAGCAACGAUAUGGAAAAUAACUGGAAUUAUUCUUC